AUGCGUUCUUCUCUGGUCUCUCUAGCCUUGUGGUUGGGCAUGACCACAAUGCUUUCUGUUACUUCUGCUCAGGAUCCUUCCUCGACUGUCGACACCGCGGCAACCUGGCCUACUGAGCCCUACCCUGGAGCAAGCAUUUGGUUGGAUUGGACCAGCUCGGCCAGUGUCAGCUCCGACUCCAGCUCGACUUCUUCAAUAUCCGCCGCCUCUUCCUCGGUUCAUGUCAUUAGCACAACCCUUUCGACGGCUGGUUCCAUGACAACUAGCUCAGCCACGUCUUCGAUGCAACAAUCUGCAACACCAACAACUGUCUCCGGCAUGUCCACUUCUACUACGCAAAACUCGGUCACCUUUUCUGGCUCAUUUACAAGCUGGAUUGACCAGGAGAGCCCUGCGACCACUGCCACCUCCUCCACCAUGAUGUCAAUCUCAACCAGUACAAAAUCUGCGGCUUCUUCUCCCAGUACAUGCCCAUAUGCAGACUUGAGCUUCCUGAGCCCAGAAGAUAGCUGUGCGAGGUACGGCUUUGUCUGUGAUCGCACGUAUGCUGAGAGCAGCUUCCGAGGGAACUGGAUAACUAAAGAUAGCCCAGAGUUGUGCGCACUUCGCUGUGAUACUGCCAACGAGAGCAAAGAAGGUCGAUGCGCGGGUGUGGUCUUCAAUACUACAGCCACAACCAAUAACUGCAGACUGCUCAAGAACCUCGACAACCCCCUUUAUAACAGGGAUUCUGUCGCUCUCCAGCUCUAUCGUGAUCUAAAUUGUGGCAAGAUGGAGAAUUCUACUACAUCUGCGACUGAGAGUUCUACCACAAUUUCGGCUUCGACCUCCAUCAGCUUUGUUGGACCCGUCACGACCGGUUCCUCAUCAUCUUGGGUUACUUCGUCCACAUCCCCGGCUGGCCCUAUCUCGACUGAUAUUUCAAGCUCCUCCGCCAGCUCUGGCUCCAUUACUAUAACCUCUGGAAGCACAAUUACGGGCGCUCCUGACACAACUUCUGUUGCGUCGUCCUCGCGUAGGGGCCGCUUCUCUUCCUCUCGCAACCACAGCUGGGGCAGCAGCCAUUCCAGAUGGUCCGCUACCUCGCACCGAAACUCUGCUACCGCCGGUCCGUCGGUGACCAGCUCCGCCACUACCUCCACCUCAGGAAAUGCAACCUAUACCCGGGUUAGCAGCACCAGCAGCACGACUGCUUCUUCAAAUGCAACUGUUACGACGAGCAACUCUGCAUCUCCUAUUUCAACUACAACAUCUCGAUCUAACUCUUCCGUGACAAUUGGGUCCACCACUUGGACAUCUAAUUCCAACUCCACUUUUGCAGCUCCUACUGCGACCACGAGCUCGUCCUCCAACUCUACGACGAGCUCCAUCGUCGCAACAACAACAACUGCUGCCACCACAACGAGCAGCAGCUGCCCUGCUUCGGCUACCACCGUGACCAUCACAGUUUCCAGAGGCCCUGCAAGCGUCACUGGUCCCGUCGUGACUGUUACAGGAACAGUAACAGAGACAAGCACCAUAACGAGAACAACCAGGACGAUUACGACAUCGACGGGCACGCGGACGCACUACACAACCACCACCGAAACGGUGACUGCGACCACGACAUUUACUUCGUCCGCAACCAUGACAAUCACUGCCACGCUCACUUCGACUCAAACUUCCGGUCAACGCUGGGGACGGAUUCACUGGAAGUCAUGA